AGAAGGCAGCGGCCCGCGACCAAUCAGAUCACCUGGCGGGUCCUGGGGUUGUUGUGCUCCUCUGUCACACUUUUGUAAAACAUUAUAACGGUACUAUAAAGAUACACCAUGUCGUCGUUUGUGACCGAAGUGCUCGCCAGCUCCGGCAAACUGGAGAAAGAGGACCUGUCCUGUAAAAUAAGCAAACUGUCGCGCAAGGUGGAAGAUACGAAGGAAGAAGUAUGUGAAAUGAUAAACAAGAAGUAUAAUGACUUCCUGCCGAGUCUUCAAGGAUCUGAGGAGCUAAUGCUAGAGGUCGAUGAGGUCUCCAAAGAAAUGGAUGUCCUUAAAAACUGCAUUGAGACGGAGGUGCAGCAGAAUGUCCACGUGGCUGUGGCUGAGUAUGCAAAGCUAAAGCAGCAGCUGGAGAAAAACACUGUCAUCAUAACAAUGCUUGGACACCUAAAAGAGUUUCACAGUGCAAUGGAGGAGUCCAACAAAGCUUUACAGGAUAAGAAGUAUGUUGUCGCAGCCAACCAGCUACAAAGGGCAAAAGCCACAGUGGAUUCCCUGAAGGGCUGGAAGACUUCCCAGCUGCCUCUGCUCAGCGCUCUCAGCUCCGAGUUGACGGUGCAGAGAGAAAACUUAAUCUACCACCUGGGAGAUGAAUGGAAGCGCCUCGUCAUCUGGAGACUACCGUCCUCAAAGGAGCCUGCAGAUCUGAAGUCCUUCUUGAAAGUGGAGCUGAACCUGAGCCACUCGUGCAGUAAAGAUGAAGAGCCCGGACCUCCUGCUGUGCUGUGCUCCGUCCUGCAGGCUCUGGCCAUCCAGGGAGACCUGCAGCACAAGAUCAAACUGUUCAGUCAGGUGCUGCUGAAGAACAUGCUGAAGCCCCUGGUGAUGUUCCCCUCCCUGUCGGUGCGGGUGACGGAGCAGCCGGAGAAGGGAACCGUCCUGGCUCUGCAGAGUCUGGAGGAGAGUCAGGAGGAGAGGUCCACUCCUUCACAAGUCUACAGCAAACUGCUGCUGGUGCUCACCACGCUGCACUCACACCUGCUCGACGUGUUUAUUGGCGAUAAAAAGCUCUCGGCCAUCAUGGGGGAGCUGAUCUGGGAAGAAAUCUCCCGUUGCAUCAUCCACGAGUGUCUGCUUUACUCCAUCCCCAACAACAGCAGCCAGCUGGAGAAAUACAGCACGGUGAUCAAGGAAACGGAGGAGUUUGAGAAGUCUCUGAAGGAGAUGGAGUAUCUGCAGGGCGACUCCACAGACCUGCUCAAAUACUCCCAGGACGUUAACUGUCACUUCGCCAGAAAGAAAUGCAAGGAUGUCAUCGUGGCGGCUCGCAAACUCAUGACCUCCGAGAUGCACAACACCGUCAAAAUCACACCUGACUACAAGCUGCGUCUUCCCAAGCUUCCUGCUCCCGCUUCAGAGCAGAAGGUGAAGCAGGAGAGCAGAAAGGACGAGGUGACGAUGGAGAACUCGAAGCAGCUCUCUGCGUGGAGCCUGUGUCUGCCGGCCUGUCGCAUCAGCGAGUCGGUGCAGCAGCUGAUGGAGCUCGCUCUCAACACGCUGUGCGAGUCCGUGGGAAGCUCCACCCAAUGUGCAUUACAGCUCUUCUUCACCGUGAGAAACGUCUUCCAGCUGUUCGACGAUGUCGUACCGACAUAUCACAAGGAGAACCUGCUGAAGUUCCCCCACCUGGCGGCCAUCCAGCACAACAACUGCAUGUACCUGGCUCACCACCUGCUGACGCUGGGGCAUCACUUCAGAGCUCACCUUCCUCCGCUGAUCAGCGAGGGCGUCGCAACUUUUGUUGAUAUGGUGCCCGGAUUCAGGAAACUGGGUGCGCAGUGCUUCUUGGCGCAGAUGCACGUCCAGAGAGCUGAGCUGUUGGAGAGACUUUCCACCGCUCACAACUUCUGCAACCUGGACGAUGAAGACAAUUACAUCGCCGCCAACAAGGCAGUGAGACAGGUCAUCCAUCAGUUGAAGCAGCUGGGCACCGUGUGGCAGGACGUCCUACCAGUGGGCAUCUACUGUAAAGCCAUGGGGAACCUCCUCAACACGGCCAUCACAGAGGUCAUCGCCAAAAUCAUGAUGCUGGAGGAUAUUUCCUCUGAGGACGGGGAGCACCUCCACACUUUGUGCCAACCCCUCAUCGAGGAAGGGCCGCUCGUCUUCAUCCCUCUGGCGGAGGAGAACAAGAACAGGAAGUAUCAGGAGGAAGUGCCGCUCUACGUCAGGAAGUGGAGCACCUUCAAGGAGCUGGUCAUCGUGCUCCGGGCAAGCCUGCAGGAGAUAGUCGACAGGUGGGCUGACCGUAAAGGUCCGCUGGCGGUGGAGUUCUCCAGCUCGGAGGUGAAGAACCUGAUCCGGGCCUUGUUUCAGAACACGGAGAGGAGAGCUGUGGCUCUGACCAAAAUCAAAUAGAAACCUGGCGAGAAAAGAAAAAUACUACUGCACUUUUUCCCGCUGAGGAAAAUACGACCCAUGCCUUUAUUCUGUUUUGUUAAAUGUAUGCAUUUCCAUGUGUGUAAGUGUGUAGCAGAGCGAUUUAAUCUGGUUGUAAUCAAUCUGGAGGAUAUGUUCCUUCUCAAUUAGUCCUGCAGAGAUUACACAGAGGCUUCUUCCCAUCCUGUCAUAUAGCUUUAAGGAGUUAUACCACAAAGCCAACUGAGGUUGUGUAACAGCGGCCUGCCAUCUGUCGACAUGAUGUCCUACCCAGGGUUAACUUCGCUGCACAUUGUUAAUCAAACUUCUUCUGGAGCUUCUCUCAGCUUUUCUUUAUUGAGGACAUUUCCGGGGAGAGAGUUUGUUUGAACCUAUAAACGCCUCAAAAUGACCGUUUAUUUCUGACCUUGCAUCUCUCGACGAGGAUUUAAUUGUCCAAGCCUCUGAACUGAACUCUAACAUUAUGUAUUUAUUACGUGUCCAAAAUAAACCAAAACAUUCAACUUUUCAGAAAA